AUGAAUGGAAAGCGUGUUCGUCACCAGUCAAAUGGCAUCCAAGAAAUUUCUACUCGUAGAAAUGUCUCUGAAAGUUCCGAUGAUGAUGAUAUUCGUGUCGUCUAUGAUUCGGCACAAGAGAUUGAAAAAGACCAGGUGAUCGCAGGCUUGAAAGAGCAGCUAGAGCAAAAAGAUGCCCGCAUCCGACAAGUGGAAAUGGAGCGAGAUGCCCGAAUCCGACAAGUUGAAUUCGAGCGAGAUGCCCGAAUCCAACAAGUUGAAUUCGAGCGAGAUGCUCGAAUCCGAGAAGUGGAACUCGAGCGAGAUGCCGAAAUCGGAGUCUUGAUGAAAAGUUUUGGAAUUAUGAAAGGAAAAAUUGAAGCUAAAAAUGUACAGAUACAAGAACUGGAAAGUCUGCGAGAAACGGAGGUAGGAGAUUUGAUGAAAGUCAUUGAUGCCUUGAAAGAAGAAGUGAAAUCUAAAAAUAUGCAAAUUGCGUCUCAAACUGUUCUCGAAAGCAAGAUGUACAAAGUCAAUGAAUCGAAGGAAGCUGUCGAAAGCGAAAACUUGGAGUUGAAAGGUCGCGAAGCUGAAAGUCUGAAAGCCUUUGAGAAUAUGGUGAUCAAAUGUAAAACAUUUGAGAAUAUUUCAUUGGAUUUGGAUAGUCAUCUCUUUCAACGCAACGCACAAGUCCUUGAAUUGGAGAAAAAACUGGUAGAUGCUGGUACGAUACUCUUAUUUCUUCUUCUUGUGAAGAGUUGA